AUGGCUUUACAUAGAAUGAGGUAUAUUGGAGUAAAUACCAAUACACUUGUUUUAAAUAUUAAAAAGUUUAAUUAUCAAAAAAAUAUUCAAUUUCUAUCAACUACAGUUAUUUCGCUUUCAAAUACCCAAAAUGACAAAUCAUCUGUUGGGAUGUUUAAGAAGCAAAUAGUUGAUGGCUGUAAACUUUGUUUUUCUGAGUUAAAAAUGUACAUUUCAUUAAGAAGUGCUUUGAAAUCAGAUAAAAUAGGAAUAGAACAAUUUACUAAAAAAGAAAUAGAAUGUUACAUUCAGGUAUAUUAA